UUUUAAAAUUUUAAUCAGUUAUGCUGGAAAUAGCUGGAUCUACCUGUAUAACAAUUUUUUUUCAAAAUCGAAGACCGAUUUUGCCACAUAAUACCUUAAAAUAUUUCGUUCGUCACAGACGAAAAUGAAAUGAGAUGUUUGACAGGUCCCCUGACGUCGCAGCGGGAGAAGAGCCGGCGGAAUUUGCGAGCAAACAGGACUCGUUCUACCUAUAGUUGUAUAGUUAGAUGUGUUUCUCCAAGAGAGCGAGCAACUUACAAUCAGCUUACAUCUUUGUUUUCCUUCCCAGAAAUUCGCAUGCCAAAAAUAAACACGGAACCGGUGUGGCUCCGCCGGGAACUGACGUCUCCUUUCCUUUGAUCGGAGUGUUUGAAUGCUUGGAAAUCGUGUCAUGUCAUCCCUCGUGCAAAUAGACGGCAGUUUGGGCGAGGGUGGUGGGCAAGUAUUAAGAAUUGCUCUCAGCUUAAGCGCGCUUUAUGGCAUUCCUAUCGAAAUUGAGAACAUACGUGCUGGGAGGCCUAAGCCUGGUCUUGCGGCACAACACUUGAAAGGUGUGGAACUUGUCAAGGAAAUGUGCAAUGCCCAAGUCAGAGGUGGAUACAUAGGAUCGACGCGUUUGGAGUUCCGUCCCGGUCCACUGAAUAAGACCAAGAGAACAUUUGUGGCAGACACACAAACUGCCGGAUGCAUCUGCUUGCUAGCACAAGUGGCUCUGCCAUGUGCCCUCUUUUUUCCAUAUAACGACCCUGUCACGCUCAUCCUGAAGGGUGGCACGAACGUUCCCAUGGGUCCACACAUAGAAUAUCUAACAGAGGUGUUCAAACCAGUAUUGAAUAAAUUUGGAGCAGACUUUGAUUUUGUGGUUUUAAAAAGGGGAUAUUAUCCGAAAGGUGGAGGUGAACUGCAUUUACAGAUAAAACCAGUCAGUAGCUUAAACGCGGUUACUUUAACUGAUCCGGGUAUUCCUCGGGGAAUAACAGGAUGGUCUUAUGUGGCUGGAUCAAUUCACAUAAACGUGGCACGUACAAUGGCUCGCGAUGCUAAAACAACUUUAACAAAUUAUUUAAUGAAAAACAAUAUUCAAGUGCCGCCGAUUACGAUCGAAGCUUAUAGGGAAGAUAGAGUAGUGGCUGUUGGAAACAGCUCUGGUAUUAAUAUAGUGUGUAACACCAGUACGGAAUGCAUUCUCGGUGGCUCCGGUUUGGGUUCUGUACGCCAAGAAGGACUACCGCCAGGUGAAACAGCAGCUAGCGAAAUUUUAAAACCGCUUCUAGCAGGAGCAUGUGUUGAUGAACAUAUGCAGGAUCAGAUGAUAAUUCUAAUGACACUGGCGACAGGUACUUCGCAGAUCAAAGUUGGCAACAAAAAGCUUACCUGUCACACGGAGACCGCUAUGCAAAUUGCCGAGAUAAUGCUAGGUAAACGUGGACUUUGUUUCAAUUUGUCAAAAAAUGCCGAAGAUGGAGACAACUCGUCCUACAUCUUGGAAUGUCAAGGAUGUGGACUGAUUAACGACAAUCUUUAAACAAUGUGAUCAUACGACGCUUUAUAACUUAUCGUUGCACAUGUAAUUAACAAUCUCGGCAUAAGUCUUACAUUGAUUAGCUACGGCUUUCGCAUUCGCAGUUUUACAAAUAAAUUGUAACAUCGAUAUUAAUUGUAACAUCCACACAUUCUUUCAUAAGCUUUCAAUAGUAUUUCUACAUUUUUGUAAGAAUGCUGAAGUCAUUUAAGUAAUACAAUUCAUUAACAAACAUCAUUAUAUAUACAAUGUGUUACAAUUUUUGUGCUAAAUUAUGAUUAUUUAAUGUACUGUAUUCUAAAAUUAAACAUAAAUCAAGCAAAAAA